AUGCGCAAAAUAAAAGAAAAAAAAAACAUUUUGGAUAAAUAUUUGGCCAAGGCGUUCUACGUGGUAUCCAUACAUCUACUUUCUACCGUUUAUAAUUUCAAUAAGUUAGCUCGUGCCAGCCGACAAGUCAGCCAGAAAUCAAGCAAGCAAGCCAGCCAACCUUGGAUACCAAACAGAACAGGUUAG